AUGCUUCAAGCACACUGUAAGAAGCUUACAGAAGAGGGCCGAGCUUCAAACUGCCGUUUAUUUUUGACUGACAUGUGUCAACUGUUAAACUCACUGAGCAUAUGGGCAUCUGACGAUGGUACAGGGUCGAACUUGACAAGUACUCAGAGAGUAGCUGAAUCGUGCUUUCUAAGGGCCCGCCUUCAAGAUUUAGAACGAAAUCUAGAAAAGGCGGUAGGGGAAUGUCUCAAGGAGAUGAGAGAUACUCUCGCAGAAAAUAUAUUCGAAAAUUUCGAAGGGGUUGUUCAGCAAGCUGUCGCAGAAGCUACCACCACAGCCACCAGAUGGGGAGAUCGUAACAAUGGCGGGUUCUACUGGGCAACCUACAAAGCUCUUUGUCGUAGAAAUGGUGUCUUCACAAAUGGAGCUGGAGCUCAUGACCUUAACCUCCAGCUCACGGAGCCCAUUAUCAAGGGACUAGCUAAUAAUUGGGAGAAGGCUUUUGCUAGAAGGCUUCCAACGGUGCUUCAAAGCUUUUCAAGACAGAGCAAAAGCCUCCUCCUCAAUUUCCACCACGAAAUUGAGACCCGCAGCAUGCAGAAGGGGGUAGGCGUGGCGGGUUUAACAAUGCUCGGCCAGCAACUCCGCAAUUAUGAGGGCCUCUUUAUGAACCUCACUCAUCAAAUAGUUGAGCUCAUCAACCAAAGUCAACGUGAUGCCAAUCGUGAAUUCACUCCAGUCGUAGCAAGUUGGCUUUCUUCGCCCUACGAGUACUGUGCUGCGGAAGUCGGACAAGGCAAGUCCUAUCAACCUAAUUUCAGUUACCCGGAAUGA